UUGCUUGACUGACUUCAAAAGAUCAUUGAAUUUUGUCUGGAAUCCUAUUCUUAGAAAGUUUAUUCAAUUCCAAGAUCAAGAAUCUUCUCGGGGUCAAAUUAACUUGACUCGCGACCUUGGGUUUGGAUAUGAUUGUAAAAGGAAAGACUAUAAAAUUGUUAGAAUUUCCAUUAUUAAAAAUAUUGAAAGUAUAUUCCCUGAGACAAAAGCUUCUGUGUAUGCAAUAAAAGAGAGAUUUUGGAGAGAUUUGAACUCUGAUGAUAUAUUGAAUCAUUGUUGUUUAAAGAAAGGGGCUGUAUUUUGUGAGAGAUUAGCCCUACUGCAUUGGAUUGCAUCUAGUGGUUGGAAGAAAUUCAUUAUUUGUUUUGAUUUGAUAAGAGAGAAUUUUGGUAAAAUGAGAUUGCCUGAGUGUUUAGAGGAGGUUUCAGUUUUAGUUGGGUAUCUUUUUCUUGGUGAGAUUUGCGGAUCGUUGGCAGUGAUUCACGCGAAACAAAAGGAAUAUAAAGUUUUUGAAGGGAUCGAUGUUUGGGUGGGGAAAGAUUGCGGUUGGAAUAAAGUGUAUGUUGUGGGUGAUGCUAUAACUGGUACGUUAGGUUCAUUGAUUGGUUUAAGUGGAAGUGGAAGUGGAUUGUUGUUGGCUAUAGGUUGCAAGGAAUCAGAUGAACGUGAAUUGGUUCAAUUUGACUUGAAGAGUAACAGGACCAAGAAGCUUGGAAUUACAAGUGCAAUGGGAGCCAUUUAUGCUGGAUCUUAUAUUGAUAGCUUACUGCUCUUCAAUGAUGAUAGUGGAGCAAUUUCUUUUCAAGAAAUUGAACCAAAGGAACUUUAAAAAGGAGAGACAUUGUUGUAAAUUUGUGCAGCGUAAAUGUUAUAGCCACAGAUAAAAGAGAAUUUGAAGACUGGAG